AUGGCUGUGAACUCUGGACGUCCUGGGUCCUGGGUCCCUGCCUCCCUGCUGAAUCAGAGCCUGAGGGCUGAAGAGAAGAUUCUUGAUUUGGAGUUCAAGAUUUUAAGCGUGGGGUUCAAUGAGGAAGGUAGCUAUGCCUUGCAUCUGUCAGCUGAGAACCCCCUGCAGGAUGGCUCUGGAGCUGGGGUGCUGCUGCGGGUGAAUGAUGGGGAUCCCUGUCUUGCCUACUCUGCUGUCACAGAAGUUAUCAAGCAGCAGGAUCCUGGCCAGAGUCUUCCUCUCACCAGGAACAAGUUUGUCUUUACUUUGCCCAAAGGUUUCUGCAAGAAUGAUGGGCAGCAUGACGCUCAGCUGCGGGUAGAAGCGCUGAGGCUUGACUCAACAAGACCUGAGGCACGGCGUGUGGGUGAGGCCAUUUUUCCCAUCUACCCACGCCCGGACCAGCCUCCCCUCAACCCACAUGCAAGCUGGCACGAGGACCUGUACAACUACCAAGGCAGUCUGGCCUUACUGCGGGCCAGCGAGGACCCCACGGCUCGCCACUGUGGUAGCCUGACCUACAGCGUGGCCUUCCAUGAGCACCGGGCUCCUCUGCCACCCCACAGCUCUCCCAGGACUGGAGGGCCAGAACUGAGCUUACCUGGCCAGGAGGCCCCAUCACCCGCACUACAGGUUCUGAAAGAAGGCUGGCGAGGUGACUGUCCAGAAGAUUCCCUGUGUCCACCUUCUGGUCCAGCCAGCUACCAUCAAGGCAAGGAGAGGCUCAGCCCUGAAGGGGAAUCCUGGCAGCCACAGGCCCAGGUCUCUGAGACCUUGAGCACAUCCUGGAACAGAGACCCUCAUGACCACCUGUCCCCCUCCAGUGGAGAGGACAUCACAGUCAUGCUGCAUGAGGCCAUGGAUCUCCCCCACUGCAAGGAUGACUCCGUACCCAGCCCCUUCGUGGCACUAAAGACCUCAUCUGAAAAAGUCAAGAAGCUAAAGGCCAAGGUCAUCACUGCAGUGACCCCAGAGCCCACCACCAGUCCCAUCUGGGGGCAGACUCUGAACAUGGACAUCCAUGCUCAGGACGCAAUGAAAGAAGAAUUGAUCAUCAAGGUGGUGGACCACAAAAGCAAAGAAGACCUGGUGUCCUAUAAAAUCCCCAUCAGAUAUCUGCAAACAUCCCACCCCUAUCACUUUGAACUGGUGAAGCCCAAGUUCGAGAAAGGCGAUGAAGAAUCAGCUGUAACCAAACUGUAUGCGAUGGUCACUCACAAGGGCAGCUUCCUCCCCAGCUACACCAGCCUGGACCACACAGCUCUGGAGACCUUUGUUCAUGGCGUCAAUGAGUUCCUCAUCAACAACUACACAGCACUGGUAGUGGUGGUCUGGGUGGUUCCCAGCUACAAGGAUUUUCAAGUGAGGUCAAAAUCCAGGAUGCCCUUAGAGCUGCCUUCAUGGAAUCAGUCCUUCCUCUUCCAGAGCAGAGAAGGAGCCACCAGUUUCUCUAAGGACGCAGCCCUGGAGCUGGAGUACUUCCCUUCCCCUUCAAUGAGAGGCUCCAAGCCCAGUGUCUUUAGUAAGAAGCAUCUGGGCCUCUCUGUAUUGCCACUGAACAGGUACCACAAGGUGCAGACAGAGAAAAACCUGCAUGGAUUGCGUGUGAAGCGACUCCCCAUCAUGGACACCAACUUAAAAACCAUGGAUGGGGAAGCGCCCACAGUGGAUCUUUCUUUGCAGCUGCAUUCCUUGGAGGAUCUGCAAAGCUGCAAGCUGGCACUGCAGAAGAUGGCUGAGGACAUUCUGUAUCUGCGGAGACACGUGAACUUGCUGGAGACCGAGAACCAACAGCUGCGCAAAUACCAAGCCAAGACGGAGGCAGAUGAGGACGACAGCGACGAUGACGACCUGGAUUCCCUGCGACAGAAGCUGCAUCUGAGAGAGCUGGACACACGGAGACUCAGGGACAAAGUACAACAUCUGCAGAAUGAGCUGAUUCGAAAGAAUGACCGGGAGAAGGAAUUGCUCCUCCAGAGCCAGGCAGGCCAGACCCCAGCUGAGCUGAGGAAGCAGUACCAGGGCAAGCUGCAGAAGAUGAAGGCACUGGAGGAGACUGUGAGGCACCAGGAGAAGGUGAUCCAAAGGAUGGAGCAGGUGCUAGAGGGCAAGGAGGCUCAGCAGAACAGGCUACAGCCCAAGGCCACUGUGGCCCUCCCCCCAGCAGACAACCAGCCUGUGAGUGUUUACUCGAUGUUGAUGGCAGAAAACUUAUGGCUGCGGGCAGAGUUGAACAAGGGCAUUCACUCAGCCCCCACCAUUCUGCAACAGCAGGCCCUGCCGGAUCUCCUCAGCGCAUCUUCAGACAAGCUGAACCUCAUGGCCAAGUUGGAACAAGCUCAGAGUCGGAUAAUGUCCCUGGAGAACCAGCUAAAGGACUCUGCACGCCACUGGGCACGAGAGAAGCAGAACUUGACCACAAGGAUGCAGGAGCAAGAGUAUGGCUUGAAGCACUCCACAAAGCACAUCCACACAGACUUGCCAAUCCCCUGAGCCAUCCCAAAGAAAAGAUGCCACCCUGAAGCUGGACUCCUUGAUGUCUAGCCCUAGAAGAGCCUAAACAAUUCAAGCCUUCAAAUGCCUAGAUCUGAGUCCUGCAGCCGGGCUUCCUCUCUGUGGGCUGGAUUCUCACCCCCUAAACCCCAAAAA